CCACGGAAGAAGAAAAAGAAGAAAAGAUUCUGGAAAAGCAAAGCGCGAGAAGCAGGCGGGAGACCGGGAGGCGACCCCUCGGCCGCGCUGCUACCCCCGAGGGCCCCGGAGGCCUUUUCCCGGAACUGGAAGGCGCUGCAGGAGGUGUUGAAACAGAAGUCACAGGCCCCAGAAAAACCUCUUGUUCUCUCUCAGCGGGAUUCCAAAAAGCAGCCCCAAAUGACCCGACAGGACAGAAAAGCCAAGAGAGAGGAGGCGGGGACGGAAAAGGCAGGCGGAGAGGCAGCCCUGGGCUCCCUUCCUCCAGCAUCACUGCCCAGCAAGGCCCGCGGAGCAGAGCACAGGGAGAAAGCCAAGAGAAGGCCAAAUGGUGACAUUUCUCCAAAAGGAGGGGGUCUCAGACAUAAGAAGCGGAAAGCCGAAGAGGCGACGGCAGCCUUGGCCCCAGCCCCGCCCACCGAACAAGACAUCUGGUUCGAUGAUGUUGACCCGGCGGAUAUCGAAGCGGCCAUGGGCCCAGAGGCAGCCCAGAUAGCGAGGAAGCAGCGGGGCGAGAGGGAGAGCGGCGUGGCGCUGGUGAAGGAGCAGGCCUUCAGCGGCCUGACGAAAGCCUUAGCCAUGGACUGCGAGAUGGUGGGCGUGGGCCCCACAGGGGAGGAGAGCCUCGCCGCCCGCGUGUCCAUUGUGAACCAGUACGGGAAGUGUGUCUACGACAAGUACAUCAAGCCGACCCAGCCGGUGACGGACUACAGGACGGCGGUCAGCGGGGUCCGGCCGGAGCACCUCCAGCGGGGAGAAGCAUUUGCAGUUGUUCAGAAGGAAGUGGCCGAGAUGCUGCGGGGCCGGAUCCUCGUGGGACACUCGCUGCACAACGACUUAAAGGUCCUCUUUCUUGAUCAUCCAAAGAAGAAGGUUCGGGACACACAGAAAUACAAGCCUUUCAAGCGUCAGGUGCAGAGUGGAAGGCCGUCGCUGAAGCUGCUGGCGGAGAGGAUCCUGGGCGUGCGGGUGCAGCAGGCAGAGCACUGCUCGAUUCAGGAUGCCCAGGCAGCAAUGAGACUCUACGUCACGGUGAAGAAGGAGUGGGAACGCGCAGUCCGGGACAGGCGCCCCGCCGCGGCCGCCACUCCAGACCACGGCAGGGAUGACGCGUAGCGGAGCCCACCACCCCCAUGGCAGCGUUUGCGUCCACAGGCACUUGUGACCAAGUCACAGGACAGUCUCCCCAGAGUGGCGACAGAUCGUGGCAGCGGGAUGGGGCGCUCACGCUGCUGAGGGCCACCUCUGUCCUCCGAUGGGAAAAGCGUUUGUCCUGGGCACAGCCAGCAGGUGGCGCUGGGACCCAUGUGCAGCCGCUCCGCUGCGUUCACCGGGUCCCAGGGCAGGAAGCCGCCAGGUGUUCACGCCUUCCUCCAAGGAGGCCCUUCUCUCCGCCGCAGCGAUGGGGAGUCUGCAGCCUCGAGAAGCCCAGACCACGGUCCGCAGCCAGCUCAGCCACGGCCUCGCCGAGGCGUUUCCUGUGGCCACCCCGGGACUGGAGCUGGUGGCGGUGUUCCUCCCUCCCCACCCCACUGCCCGCCAAGCUUAACCCCAGGGUCAGCCGCGCUGUGGCCAGGUCGGCUCAGGCUGCCCCGCGUGGUGGGCUGUUAGCACUGAAGUGCUUCCCGGGCCGGAGCUGACAUGCCUAUCUCGGGCGAUCUGACCAGGGUCU